CUUACAUAAAAAUUAAUUAAUUAAAAGAAAUUAUUUUAAAGGAUGAAAGGGCUCCCUAUAUGCGACCAUAUACGAUUAUCUGCUUCAGCCGAUUCAGCAAAGGCGGACUAUUUCGAGAUAACCCCAGCUGCGAUAAAUGUACUGCAACGACAAAUGCAUUGCAGUUCAUCUUCAGAGGGAAAAGAUGAGACUUCUCUUUUACGCGGUUCUGAUCAUCUUCGCCCUGGUGCAGUCUUCGUUCCAGUUCGACGCCCAGGAAGUACAAAAGACCCGACGGGACCCGAUAGCUGGACUUGUGCAACUUCAAAUGCCCGGAGAAAUCGUUCCUCACCACCAGCGGAAGGAACGGCCUCCUUUUUACCUGCCUAAGGCCUUUUAGUCAACUUGUACAACAGAGGAAUUGCAAAAAUGUGCUAAUAAAAUUGUAAUACAUACAGGUGCAAUUAACAAAUAAACAAAUAUUUUAAUCAGA